AAGUUAUAUAUAUUAAAUGACAUUUAUGGCGGCAAUAAACCAGAUAUGGAAGUGUUUACCAGGACUCCUAUUGGUACUCCUAUCAGUCAACUUUUCUACACUGGCCUUUGGAAAAGGACCUGUGGAGAUGAGCCACUCCUUGUCAUUGGUAACAAUGGUGCCACUGCUCGAGCUGGAAAAGAAGCUGAUCGAUAACCUUGAAAACUACACCGAGUCUGUUGAGCAGAAGCUGCUGUACAUUCGCAGUCAAGUAGCAGUUAUGCGUGCGGAAAAUGAGAAGGGAAGGCUGGACCCUACAUCUUAUUUAUUCAAUCCUUUAAAUGGCUUCUCCCUGAUACGCCGACUCAAUCAGGAUUGGAUUGGUUGGAGGCAAUACAUGGAAAAACCCGUUGCAGUCUCCCAGAUUCGGAACAUGCACAGAUGGAUGGACGAACUGCCCACAGAAACUGACCUGUGGGAUGCGUGCACCGGAAUAGUGCGCAUUCAGAGUACCUACAAGCUUGAAAUCCAGGAUUUGACUAGCGGUCGAUUUAAUGGAAGACAAUACAAUGCCAGCAUGGGUUUAGCUGACAUAUUUGCGAUUGGCCAGCACUUGGUAGAGGAACAGAAACCAUUAGAAGCUGUUCAAUGGCUGCAGGAGGUUUUGACCCACCACCAGGAGGACCUUGUGUCUUUACCGGCUCACCUGACAGUCAGAGAAGUAGAGGUUCUUAAGAUACUGGCUGAGAUUCACCUGAAAAAAAAAAACUAUGAGAAAGCUCUUCUUCUAACGGAUAAAUUUCUGCAUAUUAAACCCCACGAUGCUGCUCUUCUGCGCACGAAGAACCUAAUAGAAAGUCAGCCAAAUCGUGGAUUCGAGGAUAAUGAGCAGCGGAAAGAUUCGAAAGAGGGAUUGAAGUUCAAGUGCGACAAAAUAAAAGAUAAACCCUCCAGACUACUCCACUGCUCCUACAACUCCAACACGACGCCUUUCCUUCGUUUGGCACCUCUCAAAAUGGAGCAAAUCGGGUUGAGUCCCUAUUUGGUCCUAUAUCACGAAGUAUUAUACCCAAGGGAACUUGAAAUCUUGAAGAGCAAGGCCGCUGGAAACAUGAAGAUUGCCAAGAUCCACAAUAGAAAUCCCCAACAGAAAAGGAAGGGGAGGACUGCCAAGGCCUUUUGGAUCAAGGAGGAGAAUACUGAGCUCAACAAGAGAAUUUCUAGGCGGAUUCAAGAUAUGACUGGCUUGGACUUGGCCGAAUCGGAAAAACUGCAGGUGAUAAACUACGGCUUAGGUGGCCACUACCAUCAGCACUUGGAUCACUUUAACAUUGCUUCCGGUAAAUCUAAGGGAAUACCCUUGCGACAAAAACUAGCUUUGGGAGAUCGGAUUGCCACAGUGCUCUUCUAUCUCACUGACGUUGAGCAAGGCGGAGCCACAGUCUUCGGACAUGCGGGAUAUGCGGUGUAUCCCCGGGCAGGAACUGCCAUCUUCUGGUACAAUCUGCAUCGGGAUGGCAGUGGCGACCCCCUCACAAGGCACGCCGCCUGUCCGGUGAUUGUGGGGUCCAAGUGGGUGAUGACCAAGUGGAUACGCGAGCGGGGCCAGAUAUUUACCAGACCCUGCCUGCCGCCCCCCGCGGGAUCCCCCUCGAAAUCAUAGACAAACAAAUUUCCGCCAUAAUCACUUUGCACACUUAACGAAACCCUCGCAGCUCAGCUUAAAUGCCUUUUUAAAAUGCCAACACGGAAAAAAUAAAGUGCUGAGUGGUUGAUUGUCCCGGCA